ACUGACGAAAUGAAGGCGGUCAAACGUCACUUCCGCCUGAUGGCCUGAAAUGCAGGCGGCCAUAUUACAUUAGCAGACACCCUCGCGCACAGCAAACCGUUGUUGAUGCUGUGAAGUGCAGCUGUGUUUUUAGGCAAGCUCUCUCGGUUUAGCGCACGUUAGUGUAACGAUGAGCGGCGGCACGCCGUAUAUCGGCAGUAAGAUCAGUCUGAUCAGUAAAGCGGAGAUCCGGUAUGAAGGCAUUCUCUACACCAUCGACACGGAGAACUCCACCGUCGCGCUCGCCAAAGUGCGCUCCUUUGGCACCGAGGACCGACCCACGGACCGUCCCAUCGCACCCAGAGAUGAGAUAUUUGAGUAUAUUAUAUUCAGAGGAAGUGACAUCAAAGACCUGACGGUGUGUGAACCUCCCAAACCGACAUGCUCUCUGCCUCAGGACCCCGCCAUUGUUCAGUCCUCUAUGGGAUCUUCCACUGCCCCACCAUCAUCCUUCCAGUCUGGGAACUCCUAUGGGCUGUUCAACCAUCCACAAGUCACGCCAUACACCCAGUUCAACCCCAGCCCACUGGUCUCACCGCGGUUUGGCACUGUUGGAGUCGAUCACACCAAUCUGGCUCUGGACCCUCUGCUAAAGAACCCCCCAGCGGAACCUGCUGCCUCAUCAGCACCUGCUCCCACAGCCGUGGCUCGCAAGAGCCCCGUGGAGACUCGCGCAGCCUCCACCAACACACAGACGCCUGUGGACCUCACAGAACAGACUAGAGGCACCGAUGUCCCGAAACCAAGCGUACCAGAGUCCAGUCAGUCCAGAGGAGGAAACAGGGACACUUCUAAACGGCUUGCAGGUGGUGGUCCUCCUGCUGCGCGCCGCGGUUGGGCCGGGGGUCAUCGUGGUAGAGGACGGUUCCCUGUGCGAAGAGAAGGACCCAUGAAGUUUGAGAAAGACUUUGACUUUGAGAGCGCCAAUGCUCAGUUCAACAAAGACGAGAUUGACAAAGAGUUCCAGAGCAAACUCAAACUGAAAGAUGAGAAGUGCGAUAAAGCUUUGAAUGGCGAGGAUAAGGGUGAUUCAGGGGUCGACACUCAGAACAACGAAGGAAACGUUGAUGAGGAAGAUCCUCUCAGACCAAAAUGCUACUACGAUAAAUCCAAAUCCUUUUUUGACAACAUCUCCUGUGACGACACAAGGAAGGAGAGGUUUGGAGGGUCCGGUUUCCCCCGAGAGAGGAGGCAGACCUGGGCGACGGAGCGGAGGAUGAACGCAGAGACAUUUGGCCUCCCGUUGCGGCGGGGCCGCGGAGGCUUCAGAGGUCGCGGUGGCAUGGGCUUCAGAGGGGGCCGGGGCCGCGAAGCCGGAUGGGGGUCGUUCGGCUCUCACCCUGGUGGAAGUGGCUUCAGAGGGGCAUUCAGAGGAAGUCAAGGAGGAAGAGAGUUCUCUGAUUUUGAAUACAGGAAGGAUAACAAAAUCGCUGCAUAGGGAUGAGAGGAAGCGGAUCCAGAAGACCUGAUUUGUGUGGGAACUGCAUUUCGGGGCACAUGUUUUGCUGAGAACGAGGAGAUAAACGUACGUGUUGUAAAUCUGUCACCAGCACUGGGGUUCGACUGCUUGAAACCUGGAUAUUAAUGAAACACCUACUCCAUUUCUUCCUGAGGAGUGGAACAUAUACUAUUUUUUGAAUUGUUAAUUUGAGAAGAAUCUCUCCAGAUGGUUUCAAAUAUAUUAUGAUUUCUGAGGGACUUACUUUUCCUUAGUUUGUUGACCUUCAAUGCUCAACCUGAAUUUGAUCUACCGCUGUUUACAGCUAACAGAUUAUAAUCUCAAACAAUGCAUCGUGAUGGUUUUGAUCACUGAAUGAGGUUUAUUUUUGACUUGUUUGCUAUAAAGUAUCUUACAGUGUAUUUAGCAUCAAAAUAGACUGCCUGGAACUCAGUUAUACAUAGUUAUAUUUUUCUAAUGUAAUUUCAUUCAACCUCAAACAUCACUAUUCCUAUUCCCGUAGUAAGUAGAUUUUUCUUUUUCUUUUUAAUAUAUAUAAACUAGUACGUUGGACGUAGAUUUCUUUGGAUGUAUCGAUCCCUUGUUAGAGGUCUGUAGUUUCUAGUGAGGUUCCUCAUCAGGGCAAGCGCUUCAAGACGUUUCACUAAAAGACAUUUUAGAUAUAAUGGAGAAAAACACAGAAAUGCUGUCUUUAGGGAAACGGUUCCUUACGAAUAUGAAAUAGCACAACUUUAAAUGACAAGAUGUGGUCAACCAGUGCAAAGCGACCUCUGUGAUCUGUUUAUAUAUUCUGUGGGUUUGAUUUAUAUUUGAUGAGGUCCACUUUGCAGUGUGUAGCUCUUUGUAGCAGACGUUUACCGAUAAGUGAACGUCCAUCUUUACUAAGGAAAUAAUGCUACUCUGUGAGUUUACAGAAACCUAUGCUGCAGUUACUUUGACGAUGCAUUCUUGCCACUUUUGAGCUUCUACCACUAACAAUUAUAUGCCUGUCCUUCAACAUUCAGAUCACAUGUUCUUCACCUCAUAAAACAUCAGGUGAAACUGACAUGUCACACUGAGCCUAGAGCUGGCUUGAAGUUUGAGUACUUGCUGAGAGAUUAUUCAAUAGCACUGCUUCCCAGUGGAUGGUUUCUUCUGUUUCUGUCUUUAAUGUGAGCGAAAGCUGGACCGUUGAAAAGCCAGAAUGUGUUGUGUUCUGUAAUGCAGAUGCUGUUUAUCUUUUCCCAUCGCUCCUCGUUCAGCUGCGGUGCGUUUUAUAGUCACUGACUGCACUAGCAUGAUGUCAUAGGGUCAUGUGACCUCAUGCACAUUGUGAUGUCACAGCCACACCUACGCAUCGCUCAAGAUGUCACUUCAGCCGCAUUUUGAUUGGAUACAUUUCAUUUUGUAACCAAAUUCACAUUAUACUCGCAGUGAGUGUUUGCUGUGGAAUAAGCAAAAUGCUGCGAUUUAAAGUCCUUUUUUUUGUUUUUUUUUAUAGAUUUAUGACUGAAGUUUGAAGGUUUGAUAUUAUAACUGGCCAGUUUUUCAUCUCUCCGUUCGCUUCAGAUUGGAUUGUGUAGCGUAUGGCUGUGACAUCACUGCAAAAAUGGUUUCGUUUUGUUAAAUGUUUGUUUAAACUGUUGGGAUCGGUGGGUCAGUUGAUAAUGAAAUAAACUGUUUUCAGAUUAUAGCGUAUAUUACAGUCCAAGUUUGUAAGACGCAGAACAUUUUGAGUUUUGGGUCUUGUGUGAAUAUGCUUUUGCACUUGUCAAGCUCUUAAAUUCAGAGCUGCUUUAUUCCGGUAAUAAACGUUCAUUCGUAUCUGACUAAAGUGAAUCUUCAUCUGAAGCACAUAGACAUGAUUUAAUUAGGGCUUCAUAAUGGAGCCAUUUAUAAUUAACUGCUCAAUAUGAAAAAAUAAUAAACAUCCAUGUUGUCCUAAAAUAGUACUUUUUUUUGUAUUCGUAUAUAAUUAUUAGGAACGUUAGGGUAUUAUUAGUCUGUUGGCUUGAUUCCAGAGUUUUCUUUAGAGGUUGUGUAUUACAGUGUAAAUUCCAGCUGUGUGUUUGUUCAGUGUUGGAACAGUGAUACUCGCGUAUAAACGGGAAGUUGCUGCAUGCAGGUCUUGGAGAUGUUUGUGAGGCAAAUGCUGUUCUGGAAAUGUCUUGUGAUGAGCACCAAAUCCUUCCAUCAGGGUCGACACGCUUUCCUUGUGAACCCCGGCAUGGAAUCUGUUCACAACUACAUGUAAAGAGCUUUUUACUAGAUGCAAGAAUAAACUGUUUACUAUCUGUUAUGUGAUUACAUUUUUUGGGUUGAGUGUUUAUGCUCCAUACAUUAGUGUGAACGGAGUAUUAUUUUUUUCAGACCUGAAAAUGUAGUUUACAUGAUGUACAAGAAAUGCAAUUAGUUGAACGUAAGACGACUUGCAUAAGAAAAGAAUAAUUUACUCACCCUCAAAUUGUUCCAGACCU